CUCCCUCACCCCGACAGACAUGGCGGCGUACAUGAUCACUCCAACCCUGCAAAGAGUUUUGCUUGCUGCUAAGGUGAGCUGUCAGUUAUUGCAACCUUACUCUUGUAGCUAGUUAUUUCAAAUUCACGAAGAGCUCUUGCAAAACCGAAACACCCGAAAAUCUAUGCUUUUACUGCAAGUUUCUAGCACAACACAAUCGGAUGUCUGUUCGCUAGCAAGUCCGUCUCAUUCACAAACCUUCACUCCAGCCGUCUCUCUUCUUUGGUAGUUUGUAAGAUGUAAGCAUUCCCUACUCUAUCUGACAUUUCAGUAUUGUAUUUCGUGGUGUUAAUGUUUGUUAUAUUCGUAUUAGAGAAUGAAUAGCUUCGUCCAUUCCUCCUCUGUCAAUGUCAAAGCGUCCAAACCGUUAGCAUCUUGCUAAUAAGUCACACUUCAUAACACAAGCCUGAACUGGUUGAACUUUCACCACAUGACUAAAUGUAGCUGUCUUUGAAUGAAAAACUGUCCUUGAAUGUAACGUUGUGACCUGAACAGCUAUCGUAUAUCGGGAUAUGACUUCUUUCCAGCUCAGCAAUUCUGGCCGCUAUUGGUGUAAUAGAAACAAGACAGCUGCCAUCACGUAUAACCUUCAGCUCUUUGUGAUGUGCGGCAUUUGCCCAUUAUAAAGAAUAGCGAAGAGUGGUGUUUCUGAUGUUUGAGUGUGGUACUAUAACGUUAAUGUUUCUGAAAUGUUUCCCUGCAGCAUGCCUCUUUCCAGUCCAGAUGCUGUGUGGUGUCCAGUCGAGUACAGUACUCCACUGUUUAUGAUGCCAAUGAGAAGGUAACAUAUUACUUACUGGGCGCAGGGCUGUCACAAUGAUGCAUGGAAGGAUAGGAGCCUUGUUCCCUCAUUUUUUGGGGCACUGAGCACAUUUCAGGUCUUGUGAGCGGAAAGUUGUGAGAAUUUUGUGCAACUUCCGGCGAGCGUUUACAGUGGACAAAGGCUUUACCCUUACAGUUUUAGACAGUAGCCAACAGGCUUUACCCUUACAGUUUUAGACAGUAGCCAACAGGUUAUUGUGGCUAUUUGAGCAUAAUGUAGGCCUACCAACAAAACCAAUGGAGCAAAUCCCAAAACGUUUUCACAUGGAAAUAGCUUUUGAUUUCUAUGAUAUAGCCUACAGUAGCCUAUAUGUGGUGUUCAAUGCAGGCCUACAUUGCAUGAGACUUUUGAAAACGUUUUUUACAUUAUGAAGGGAUUGACAUUAAUUAUAGAUUUUUUUUACUUGGUUUGUAACACCAUGGGCCAAAUAUGUGACUGUAAAUUGCAUUGUAUUGUGUUGUAUGAUGCAAGAAACCACUUUACAAAAUAAUAUUAAUUAUUAUUACCAUACAGAUAAUUAGACAAUGUAGGCUACCCCUCUGCCUAUUGUCUUAUUUGCAUAUUCAAGCCUGUCUCAAAAUACAACACUGCCUCUUUAAUUAAGACAUAAGCUUAUUAUCUGACUGGCUUUUCAAAGACAGCUUGAAAUGUAGCCUACACGUUUUGUUCUCUUGUAGGAAGCAGUAACUCCCCAUUGCUGACCUAUACUUAUGUAUAACUGGGCUAAUAACUCGCUAACUAGCAAAGAAUAUCAACAAAUGUGCAGAUGCGUGGCUGUGAUAUGAACUGAUCUGAAAAGCGCAUUCACUGGCAGGUGAUUGAAAGAUGGCCCUGGGGCUAACAAAUGUGCAGAUGCGUGGCUCUGAUAUGAACUGAUCUGAAAAGCGCAUUCACUGGCAGGUGAUUGAAAGAUGGCCCGUGGGCUACCCCCCCGCCAAUAGGAUUCUACUCCGUUGUGCUCUGGCUCUGGCUACUAUCAAACCACAGACUCAAUCUUGCAAAGUUAGAUUUGUUUUGGCUUGUUGCAUUGAAAAGGGGCUGAUAUAAUGUUGAUUCGAACACAGACAUAUUUUUUUUUAUCUAUAUAGGGCAAACUAAUGGGGUGAAGUUCAAUCUCUUGCGUCUCUGCGCGGCAUGGCAGUCCUGGAGGAGGAGGAGGAGGUACUCGGCCUUGCUGCACGCGCUCAGUUUAGAGGGAACAUUGGAUAGAAGUAGUUCUGUAUGGCUCACUGGGGGCAGGGCUGUCACAUGAUGCAAGGAAGGAUAUGAGUAGUUCUGUAUGGAAAUUAAAUACAGUACUUUGUGUUGACAAACCUCUGAUUUAAUACAGUACUUUGUGUUGACAAACCUCUGAUUAAAAACAGUACUUUGUGUUGACAAACCUCUGAUUAAAAACAGUACUUUGUGUUGACAAACCUUUGAAAGCCAUGACAUGAACCUGAGUAACACAGAAUAUAUUUAUUUGUUGCUUAAAGAGUAUAUGCUUUCUGUCUCUGUCUCUCUAAAUGUUAUAAGGGGAAACCUUCAUUUCCCUCAAUCCCCAAUAUAAACAACAUGUCACAUCCUCCUAGCUUUGGUCUUUGAUCUUCAAACCACCAUGCCAACCUUGCCUCUGGCCAUAGUGUUUAGCAGUAGGACAGGCAGGAGGUUGAGCUGUGAGUGGGGGGGGGGAGGGGGGGGGGGGGGGCGUGGUAAGAGGGGGGGGGGGGGGCGUGGUAAGAGGGGAUAGAGGAAAGACGCUCAGAGUUUAAUAAGGUGUUCAGACCAGAGGAACGGAAAGACUGACAGAACCAGACGCUUUCACUUACUGUGUUCCUACGUGUUUACUGGUACACACACACACACAGGAGCAAAUUAUUUGUUGUGACAACGACUUCCCAAACUAAUCUCUUUUUUCCCUUUCACCUUACUAGACCUUUGAUAAGAUCCUUAUUGCAAACAGAGGAGAGAUCGCCUGCAGGGUAAGACUUCGCUAUGUUAACUAACCAACACUGGCUCUCUGAUUAAAAGACAGAGACAGGAUGAAAGCCCUCAUAAGCUACACUAUGUUACAUCUUUCGACUGCGCCUAUUGCAGAUCGUAAACAUUAAAGCCAAUUAUUAUUGAUGUAUUGAAUAAAAGUUGAUAACAUGUCUUCUUUGCCUCUGGCAGGUGAUGAAAACAUGUAAGAAGAUGGGCAUCAAAACAGUGGCGGUGCACAGUGACGUUGACGCCAGCGCGGUAAGUCUGUCUGGCCUGUAGAGUUGGUGUAUAUAGGGGAUGUUGAUGCCAGCUUGGUAAGUCUGUCUGGCCUGUAGAGUUGGUGUAUAUAGGGGAUGUUGAUGCCAGCUUGGUAAGUCUGUCUGGCCUGUAGAGUUGGUGUAUAUAGGGGAUGUUGAUGCCAGCUUGGUAAGUCUGUCUGGCCUGUAGAGUUGGUGUAUAUAGGGGAUGUUGAUGCCAGCUUGGUAAGUCUGUCUGGCCUGUAGAGUUGGUGUAUAUAGGGGAUGUUGAUGCCAGCUUGGUAAGUCUGUCUGGCCUGUAGAGUUGGUGUAUAUAGGGGAUGUUGAUGCCAGCGUGGUAAGUCUGUCUGGCCUGUAGAGUUGGUGUAUAUAGGGGAUGUUGAUGCCAGCAUGGUAAGUCUGUCUGGCCUGUAGAGUUGGUGUAUAUAGGGGAUGUUGAUGCCAGCUUGGUAAGUCUGUCUGGCCUGUAGAGUUGGUGUAUAUAGGGGAUGUUGAUGCCAGCUUGGUAAGUCUGUCUGGCCUGUAGAGUUGGUGUAUAUAGGGGAUGUUGAUGCCAGCUUGGUAAGUCUGUCUGGCCUGUAGAGUUGGUGUAUAUAGGGGAUGUUGAUGCCAGUUGGUAAGUCUGUCUGGCCUGUAGAGUUGGUGUAUAUAGGGGAUGUUGAUGCCAGCGUUGGUAAGUCUGUCUGGCCUGUAGAGUUGGUGUUGUGUAUAGGAGAUGUGAUGCCAGCUUGGUAAAGGCUGUCUGGGCCUGGAGAGUUGGUGUAUAUAGGGGAUGUUGAUGCCAGAUUGGUAGUCUGUCUUGCCUGUCGAGUUGUGUAUAUAGGGGAUGUUGAUGCCAGCGUGGUGGUAGUCUGUCUGGCCUGUAGAGUUGGUUGUUGUAUAGGAGAUGUUGAUGCCAGCUUGGUAAGUCUGUCUGGCCUGUAGAGUUGGUGUAUAUAGGAUGUUGAUGCCAGCUGGUACGUCUUGUCUGGGCCUGUAGAGUUGGUGUAUAUAGGGGAUGUUGAUGCCAGCGUGGUAAGUCUGUCUGGCCUGUAGAGUUGGUGGGUAUAUGGGAGGUUGAUGCCAAGCGUGGUAAAGUCUGUCCUGGGCUGAGUAGAGUUGAGAGUUGUAUAAGGGAGUUGAUGGCCAGCGUGGUUGAGCCACUGUAAGUGCUGCGUAGAGUUGGUGUUAUGGGAUUAUGCCAGCGUGGUAAGUCUGUCUGGCCUGUAGAGUUGGUGUUAUUGACCCAUACAGCAGAGGUAUUGUGGUGUUUAUAAUAGGAGUAUGUGGUGUAUAUGACCCCAUACAGCCAGAGGUAUGUUUGUGUUUUAUGACCCAUACGCCAAGGUAUUGUGUGUUAUAUUGACCCCUACCAGAUAUACAUUUUUUACAUUUUAGUCAUUUAGCAGACGCUCUUAUCCAGAGCGACUUACAUAGUGUCCUAAUGAACCCACCCCUGGUUGUGUUCUAAUCCCUGCCGGCCAUUCCCUCCUACCCUGGACGACGCCGGGCUAUUGUGGCGCCGCCCCAUGGCUCCCGGUCACGUGCCAGCUCGACAGACCCUGGAUUCGAACCAGGAUCUCUAAAUGGCCCACUACACGCGAUGCAGCGCCUUAGACCCUGCGCCACUCGGAGGUAUUGUGGUGUGUAUGUGUGUGUUAUAUACCCCUACAGCCAGAGGUAUUGUGGUGUUUUGGUUAUAUUGACCCCAUACAGCCAGAGGUAUUGUGGUGUGUUAUAUUGACCCCAUACAGCCAGAGGUAUUGUGGUGUGUUAUAUUGACCCCAUACAGCCAGAGGUAUUGUGGUGUGUUAUAUUGACCCCAUACAGCCAGAGGUAUUGUGGUGUGUUAUUGACCCCACACAGCCAGAGGUAUUGUGGUUUGUUAAUAUUACCCCCAUACAGCCAGAGGUAUUGUGGGUGUUAUAGUUGACCCCAUACAGCAGAUGUAACUUUGUGGUGUGUUAUAUUGACUCCCAUACAUCCAGAGUUAAUUGUGGUGUGUUAUAUUGACCCCUACAGCCAGAGGUAUUGUUGUGGUAGUGACCCCAGACCGCCAGAGUAUUGUGGUGGUGUUAUAUGACCACCCCAUACCGCAGAGGUUAUUGUGGUGUGUUAUAUUGACCCCAUACAGCCAGAGGUAUUGUGGUGUGUUAUUGACCCCACACAGCCAGAGGUAUUGUUUUGUGUUAUAUUGACCCCAUACAGCCAGAGGUAUUGUGGUGUGCCUAAAUGAGAAGGUAGGUUGUAUUUAAAGGCUGUAUAAAUCAAAUAGUAGGCCUUUAACUGGGUGUAAUAUUGACAUCCCAGCACUAAGCCUCUCUUUUGGGCAGACAGGCGGGUAGACACGGUUGUUUAUUGGGCUCCUCUAGUCGCCAAGGUGACAAACAUUCCGAAACGUUGACCAUGACUCAAGGGGUAAAUGGGGGACUGUUGACUACCCACCAAAAUGUCCUCCGGAGUCCCUACAGUGGAUGUUAAUGUUAAUACUGUUGUAUGUCCCGUGUAGCUCAGUUGGUAGAGCAUGGUGCUUGCAACGCCAGGGUUGUGGGUUCGAUUCCCAUGGGGGACCAGUAUGAAAAUGUAUGCAUUCACUAACUGUAAGUCGCUCUGGAUAAGAGCGUCUGCUAAAUGACUAAAAUGUAAAUGUAUGUCAAUGGACCAGCUGUAUAUCAAUGUAAUGGACCAAGUACGGCCCGUAAGAUGGACCAGGUGUAUGUCAAUGUAAUGGACCAAGUACGGCCCGUAAAAUGGACCAAGUGUAUGUCAAUGUAAUGGACCAAGUACGGCCUGUAAGAUGGACCAGGUGUAUGUCAAUGUAAUGGACCAAGUACGGCCUGUAAGAUGGAGCAGGUAAUAGUGAAGUCCCAUUGACCUGUGGAUGUGUUGUACAGGUUUUUAAGUGUUGUUUAGGUGUGUAGAGCAGACAUGAUGCCUCCCUUAGCACUUCUUUGUUAAGAGACGCAGGGAACCAACUGGCCUAUAACCCCCUUCCCUCCCCCCGACCCACACACACUCUCUCCUUCUGCCACCUUGUUGAUCCAGAUGUUGAUGUUAAUCCCGUGGAAUGUGUCCUGGUGGUGACAGUGUCUGUCACUCAAUCUGCUGAGGGUCUGUCUCCAUGGGGGGGUGUUGGGGCGAUGCUGGUGAUGUGAGAUUUAGAAGAUAAUAUGGCCGCCUGGCCUUGAUGUUGUGUCUUCAAAACAUCACACUCACCCAAUGAAGAAUUCCUUCCUUUUUACAGCUUCUUUAACUUAACAGACAACGUCUGUGUCAGAUGAAUGUACCACAGUUGGUGCUUUGGACAGUUUGUCCUCUUGAAUAUUUCUGUCUAAAGUUAUUUAAAAUGAUGCUACAGAGGUUUUGUACAAUUUCAGCCAGUAGUGCUCAAUAGCCAAAACGGGUCACUGAAAAUUGGGCACAACGUCAUCCAUUUAGUGUAAUAUGUUAGGUCCAGCAAAAAAAACAAAAUGUCUCCUGUAAUUCAUAUAUGUUACGAAUUCCAAUUCGUACAAUAUGUUAAGAAUUUGUAAGUGCUUAAGAUCCCGUUCAACCUGCAGCACCUGCAGUGCCAUUUGGUAGCAGUGUCUGCAGUGCCAUUUGGUAGCAGUGUCUGCAGUGCCAUUUGGUAGCAGUGUCUGCAGUGCCAUUUGGUAGCAGUGUCUGCAGUGCCAUUUGGUAGCAGUGUCUGCAGUGCCAUUUGGUAGCAGUGCCAGUGUCUGCAGUGCCAUUUGGUUGCAGUGCCAUUUGGUUGCAGUGCCAGUGUACCAUAUGAUUGAUGCUUUGGCUUCCUCUUUUCAUCUUUAAUAUUGUUGUUUCUCUCUGUGCCGAUCCAGGUCCUAUUUCCUUGAUUCUCUGUGCCGAUCCAGGUCCUAUUUCCUUGAUUCUCUGUGCCGAUGCAGGUCCUAUUUCCUUGAUUCUCUGUGCGCGUUGCAGGUCCUAUUUCCUUGAUUCUCUGUGCCGAUGCAGGUCGUAUUUCCUUGAUUCUCUGUGCCAAUGCAGGUCCUAUUUCCUUGAUUCUCUGUGCCGCUCCAGGUCCUAUUUCCUUGAUUCUCUGUGCCGCUCCUGGUCCUAUUUCCUUGAUUUUCCAGGUCCAUGUGAAGAUGGCUGACGAGGCGGUGUGUGUAGGCCCCGCCCCCACCAACAAGAGUUACCUCAACAUGGAAGCCAUUAUGGACGCCAUCAGGAAGACUGGAUCCCAGGCCGUGAGUUUCAUGACACACAUUGACACACACACAGAUACGCACACAACAAACACACAACAGACACACACCAACAUUUAAACACACAACACACAACACACACACCAACAUUUAAACACACAACACACACACACCAACAUUUAAACACACAACACACACACACACCAACAUUUAAACACACAACACACACACACCAACAUUUAAACACACAAUACACACACACACCAACAUUUAAACACACAAUACACACACACACCAACAUUUAAACACACAAUACACACACACACCAACAUUUACACACACACAACACACACACACACACCAACAUUUAAACACACACACACACCAACAUUUACACACACACCUGUAGCUCAGUUGGUAGAGCAUGGCGCAGGGUUGUGGGUUCGUUUCCCACGGGGGGCCAGUAUGAAAAUGUAUGCACUCACUAUCUGUAAGUCGCUCUGGAUAAAAGCAUCUGCUAAAAUGACAACAACAAAAAAACACACACACGGUUAUGUUCGCUAAUAAUAAUAAUAUAUAUAAAUAUAGUAUUAAUAUAAUAUCUAAUGUUUUGCGCCUUUUCUUUUCUCUUAUGUUUCUGAAGGUGCAUCCGGGCUACGGCUUUCUGUCUGAAAAUAAAGAGUUUGCCAAGAGACUGGUGAGUAGUGCUGGGAUUUCCAAGUCUUGGGAACACACACAGCUCUCUCUCUCUCUCUCCCCCUCUCUCAAUAUCCCCCUCUGUUUCCCUUAUCAACAGGCCUCGGCACCCCCUGAAGUUAAUUUUAUUAAGGGUGUGAUUCUCCGGGUGAAAACCUGAUUUGAAAAUUUAACACACAGACACCAAAAGGCUCACUUGAUGAUAAGAAAAUUAACACCGUCUUUCAAAUUAUUUUAAGUAAUUUACUUAAAAUAAAAAAGUUUUCACAGUUAUACCCCCACAUUACAUACCCGAUGGCCUGCAGACAGACACAAGACCCCUCAGACAUUUAGCUGAUGAUGCACUAGUUUCCCCCCACACUUUAACUCACUAUAAAGCUGCUUACAUGGCAUAUCAUGCAAGGCCAUGGAACCAUGCCAUUAUGCAAGGCUGUGUUACUAUGUCGAAGCUAAACCUCACCUAGUUCCACAGGUAAAUGGCAUACAUAUUUACCUCAUGGUUAACUAAGUACCUCUCCCACCAUCAUUCAAUGUCCUAAAUCAACCCCGACAUCUCUCCCUCCCAUUCCCCACUCCCAUUGUGGCAUAUCAUGCAAGGCACCCGAAGGUGGGCCAUUGUACAUUGAAGCUAAUCCCACAGGUAAAUGGCAUAUUUUACUUAAUUGUCAACUAAAAAUCUCCUACCCGCUCCCAUGUUUUGAAUCAAGCCCAAUGCCCAAUAUCUCCCGUCCCCCAUUCCUAUUGUGCUGUCCUGGAACGAGGCUCUGUAUGUGAGUGGGCCGUCCACUAGGCCGUCCACUGCCCUCUGGGAGCCUGCUGUGGAAAUGGAGAUGUCAUUACAUUAGCAGCUCAAUGGGCCUCCCCCUCCUGUAACAGCGGGUGAAUAGUUAGUGCAAGGUUUACGCAUUGCAAAGCGCUCUGAGGGGGUUGGGGGGGGGGUGGGUCCGUAUGGCUCUGGGCUGGGUGAUAGGGGGUGAAGCUGGAGGGGAGGGGGAGAUUAGGGUUCUGUUAGCAUGAGAAAGAACCUCAGGCUGAAUAGAGUGAAGGAAUACGGGGGAUGGAUGGAGGGAGGGAGGGAUGGAUGGAUGGAGUAUAGAACAAUGUAUUGUCCGUCCCUCAAUGCGUCGGUGGAUCCCCUCCAUUUAAAAUACAUUUUAAUUAUUUUGGGACUCUGCAGACAAACACAAGCAUUUCACACUUCCGUUGAGCACGCUAGGACACAUGCACCCACUUAACUUAGGCGGCCACUUAGGCCCUCUCUUAUUGUUGGAGGCUCUUCAUUUGUUUGCGCCUGGUAGGAUGGUGUGUGGGGCUCCACUCACUAGUGUGUUAAGAACAGCCGUUUGGACGUGAGAGGAUGAGUGAGGUCUGAAAAGGCUCAGGCAGGUUUAUUGUCAUUAAAUAGUGAGAUUUCACAACAUGGCACCAGAGGAGGGAGGGUGGAUAAAUGUUUGUCAUUGUGUGUCCUCAUUUAGAUCAGGGUUUCCCAAACUCGGUCCUGCCCCCCCCCCCCCCUUCCCCCCCCAGGUGUAUGUUUUGUUUUUUCAUAUAAUCAAAGCUUGAUGAUGAGUUGAUCCUGGGGCCCCUCCCCCGGGUGCACGUUUUGUUUUUUGCGCUGAUUCAAAUAACCGAGUUUAGGAAACCCUGAUUUAGAGGAUGAUAGGUUGUGUGUUUGUCAUUGUGUGUCCUCGUCUAAAGGACGAUAGGUUGUGUGUUUGUCCUCAUCUAAAGGACGAUAGGUUGUGUGUUUGUCCUCGUCUAAAGGAUGAUAGGUUGUGUGUUUGUCAUUGUAGGUCCUCAUCUAGAGUAGUUUUCAUAAGGGUGGUGUGUUUGUCUAGAUAUGGUUAAAAUAGGUUAGAAAGAUGGAGUUGUACCAGUGCCUUCAGAAAGUAUUCAUACCCCUUGACUUAUUCCACAUUUUGUUGUUACAGCUUGAAUUCAAAAUUGAUUAAAUAUAAUUUUUUCUCUCACCCAUUUACACACAAUACCCCAUAAUGGCAGUUACAUUUUUUGUUGUUGACAUUUUUGCAAAUGUAUUGAAAUUGAAUACAGAUAUCUCAUUUACAUAAGUAUUCACACCCCUUUGCUAUGACACUCCAAAUUGAGCUCGGGUGUAUCCAAUUUCCUUUUGAUAAUCCUUCAGAUGUCACUACAACUUGAUUGGAGUCCACCUGUGGCCACCUGUUUGGACAUUAUUUAGAAAGAAACACACCUGUCUAUAUAAGGUCCCACAGUUGACAGAGCAGAAACUAUACCAUGAAGUCCAAGGAACUGUCCGUAGAUCUCUGUGAUAGAAUUGUGAUGAGGCAUACACUACCAGUCAAAAGUUUUAGAACACCUACUCAUUCAAGGGUUUUUCUUUAUUUGUACAAUUUUUUACAUUGUAGAAUGAUAGUGAAGACAUCAAAACUAUGAAAUAACACAUAUGGAAUCAUGUAGUAACCAAAAAAGUGUGAAACAAAUCAAAAUAUAUUUUAUAUUUGAGAUUCUUCAAAUAGCCACCCUUUGCCUUGAUGACAGCUUUGCACACUCGUGGCAUUCUCUCAACCAGCUUCAUGAGGUAGUCACCUGGAAUGCAUUUCAAUUAACAGGUGUGCCUUCUUAAAAGUUAAUUUGUUGAAUUUCUUUCCUUCUUAAUGUGUUUGAGCCAAUCAGUUGUGUUUUGACAUGGAAGGGGGGGUAUACAGAAGAUAGCCCUAUUUGGUAAAAGACCAAGUCCAUAUUAUGGCAAGAACAGCUAAAAAAACAACAACAAAAAACAGCUCAAAUAAGCAAAGAGAAACAACAGUCCAUCAUUGCUUUAAGACAUGAAGGUCAGUCAAUACGGAACAUUUCAAGAACUUUGAAUGUUUUUUCAAGUGCAGUUGCAAAAUCCAUCAAGCGCUAUGAUGAAACUGGCUCUCAUGAGGACCACCACAGGAAUGAAAGACCCAGAGUUACCUCUGCUGCAGAGGAUAAGUUCAUUAGAGUUAACAGCCUCAGAAAUUGCAGCCCAAAUAAAUGCUUCACAGAGUUCAAGUCACAGACACGUCUCAACAUCAACUGUUCAGAGGAGACUGUGUGAAUCAGGCCUUCAUGGUCGAAUUGCUGCAAAGAAACCACUACCAUAGGACACCAAUAAGAAGAAGAGACUUGCUUGGGCCAAGAAACACGAGCAAUGGACGUUAGACCGGUGGAAAUGUGUCCUUUUGGUCUGGAGUCCAAAUUGGAAGUGUUUUGUUCCAACCACCUACUGAUAAAAUGAGAAUGAAGAUACCGUUUGUGUAAAACUGAAUAAAUCAUUUCACUAAAGUAGGGGUUUUGUUGAUCUGUUUUCUCUCUUCACCGCUCUUCUCUGUCCCGCUCAGCGUAUUAUUUCCAAACAGCAGAAUUAUCUCUGGGUCGAGUCCCUCUCUUCUCUGCCUUUGUCCCGUGGGCCGUGCUAUGGGAACCAGGGACCAUUCAGUUUAACGGUGCUGAAUUGGGAGUCGUUGAGGGUGAAUCUCCAUACUAAUAACAGGCCCUUAGGCUACGGCCCAAGUGGCACCCUAUUAUUCCCUAUAUAAUUCACUACUUUUGACCAGAGCCCAGUCAAAGUAGUGCACUAUAUAGGGAAUAGGGUGCCAUUUGGGACACUGCCUUACUGCCCUGCUGUAGGCAUGACGAUAGGCCCUGAGGCUCUGCCACAGUGUAUCAGGCAGGAAGCAAUAUCCAACUGGCUCUAUACAACACAAAGACAACGGUAGAGAAAGAGAGAACAAGCUCCCCUCUUCCCGCCCCCCUUUCCUUCUCUGUUUAUAGGCCUUAAAUAGCGCCACGUUUCCAGGGGCUGGUGCGUAAUGUAUAAGGGGCAGAUUGGACCUCGGGAGACUAGGCCUCAGCUAUUACAGGCUGAAGGGGUUUGUGUUGACUUCCCAACACAGCACUGAAAAUAAAUGGUUGUGAUGGAGUUGUGUAUGUUGUUCCUGUAUAAUUGACAUAUUUCACACUUUUUACUUAUUUUUGCACUUACUAGCUUUGACUUUGCUGAUAGCUACUUUAUUGAGGAAAAAUGUACUGACUGUGACCUGAGAUGAGGUUGUGCCACCUGGCUAUAUUAAGAGGAUGAGGUUGUGCCACCUAGCUAUAUUAAGAGGAUGAGGUUGUGCCACCUAGCUAUAUUAAGAGGAUGAGGUUGCGCCACCUGGCUAUAUUAAGAGGAAUGCACUAACUGUAAGUCGCUCUGGAUAAGAGCGUCUGCUAAAUGACUAAAAUGUAAAUGUAAAUUUGUGAAUAUACUGAAAUUUGUGAAAUAUUAUGUCAAAAUCGUUUGAAUUCUUGAGCUAUGCCUGGUACAAUGGAACCAAUGCAACCACAAUAGUUCAAAAAGUUCUAUACUGACCCUGGUCUGUUAAUCAUGUAGGUUGGUAUAGGUAGCAGCUCUAUACUGACCCUGGUCUGUUAAUCAUGUAGGUUGGUAUAGGUAGCAGCUCUAUACUGACCCAGGUCUGUUAAUCAUGUAGGUUGGUAUAGGUAGCAGCUCUAUACUGACCCUGGUCUGUUAAUCAUGUAGGUUGGUAUAGGUAGCAGCUCUAUACUGACCCAGGUCUGUUAAUCAUGUAGGUUGGUAUAGGUAGCAGCUCUAUACUGACCCAGGUCUGUUAAUCAUGUAGGUUGGUAUAGGUAGCAGCUCUAUACUGACCCAGGUCUGUUAAUCAUGUAGGUUGGUAUAGGUAGCAGCUCUAUACUGACCCAGGUCUGUUAAUCAUGUAGGUUGGUAUAGGUAGCAGCUCUAUACUGACCCAGGUCUGUUAAUCAUGUAGGUUGGUAUAGGUAGCAGCUCUAUACUGACCCAGGUCUGUUAAUCAUGUAGGUUGGUAUAGGUAGCAGCUCUAUACUGACCCAUGGUCUGUUAAUCAUGUAGGUUGUAUAGGUAGCAGCUCUAUACUGACCCAGGUGUUCUGUGUUGGUAUAGGUAGCAGCUCUAUACUGACCCAGGUCUGUUAAUCAUGUAGGUUGGUAUAGGUAGCAGCUCUAUACUGACCCUGGUCUGUUAAUCAUGUAGGUUGGUAUAGGUAGCAGCUCUAUACUGACCCUGGUCUGUUAAUCAUGUAGGUUGGUAUAGGUAGCAGCUCUAUACUGACCCGGUCUGUUAAUCAUGUAGGUUGGUAUAGGUAGCAGCUCUAUACUGACCCUGGUCUGUUAAUCAUGUAGGUUGGUUAAGGUAGCAGCUCUAUACUGACCCUGGUCUGGUUAAUCAUGUAGGUUGGUAUAGGUAGCAGCUCUAUACUGACCCAGGUCUGUUAAUCAUGUAGGUUGGUAUAGGUAGCAGCUCUAUACUGACCCCUUAGUGUCUGGUAGCAUCAUCUAGGUUUGGGUAUAGGUAGCAGCUCUAUACUGACCCAGGUCUGUUAAUCAUGUAGGUUGGUAUAGGUAGCAGCUCUAUACUGACCCUGGUCUGUUAAUCAUGUAGGUUGGUAUAGGUAGCAGCUCUAUACUGACCCAGGUCUGUUAAUCAUGUAGGUUGGUAUAGGUAGCAGCUCUAUACUGACCCAGGUCUGUUAAUCAUGUAGGUUGGUAUAGGUAGCAGCUCUAUACUGACCCUGGUCUGUUAAUCAUGUAGGUUGGUAUAGGUAGCAGCUCUAUACUGACCCUGGUCUGUUAAUCAUGUAGGUUGGUAUAGGUAGCAGCUCUAUACUGACCCUGGUCUGUUAAUCAUGUAGGUUGGUAUAGGUAGCAGCUCUAUACUGACCCAGGUCUGUUAAUCAUGUAGGUUGGUAUAGGUAGCAGCUCUAUACUGACCCUGGUCUGUUAAUCAUGUAGGUUGGUAUAGGUAGCAGCUCUAUACUGACCCUGGUCUGUUAAUCAUGUAGGUUGGUAUAGGUAGCAGCUCUAUACUGACCCAGGUGUGAUUGUCUGUCUCAAUGGUUCCAGUGUAUGGUUAUUCUCUGAUGUGAUGAUGAUGAUGGUGGUAAUGUUAUUGUUGGUGUCCUGCAGGCUGCAGAAGACGUGGUGUUCAUAGGACCUGACACCCACGCCAUCCAUGCCAUGGGCGACAAGAUCGAGAGCAAGCUUCUUGCCAAGGCAGCCAAUGUCAACGUCAUCCCCGGGUACGACGGGGUCGUCGAGGUGAGCUACACCGUCAACAUGGUUGGCCUGGCAACAACUUUCAGCAAGCGUAUGAGCAUCCUGGCAACAAAUCAAAUCAAACUUGAUCUAAAGUGCAUUUCACACUUCAAAUAACACUCAGAUCUCUUCUUCUUCCUCAUCCCCUCAUUCUACACACACACCUUUCUUUUCCUCUCUCCUCUCUUCCCUCGCUCUAUAUCUCCUUCUCUCUCCAUCUCCCCCCUCUCUCUCCUCUCCACCUACAGUACCAGUCAAAAGUUUGGACACACCUACUCAUUCAAGGGUUCUUCUUCAUUUGUACUAUUUUCUACAUUGUAGAAUAAUAGUGAAGACAUCAAAACUGUGAAAUAACACAUAUGGAAUCAUGUAGUAACCAAAAAAGUGUUAAACAAAUCAAAAUAUAUUUUAGAUUCUCCAACGUAGCCACCCUUUGCCUUGAUGACAGCUUUGCACACUCUUGGCGUUCUCUCAAUCAGCUUCAUGAGGUAGUCACCUAGAAUGCUUGAAGGAGUUCCCACAUAUGCUGAACACUUGUUGGCUGCUGUUCCUUCACUCUGCGGUCCAAUUCAUCCCAAACCAUCUCAAGUUGGGUUGAGGUCGGGUGAUUUGUGGAGGCCAGGUCAUCUGAAGCAGCACUCCAUCACUCUCCUUCUUGGUAAAAUAGCCCCUACACAGCCUGGAGGUGUGUUGGGUUAUGUCCUGUUGAAAAACAAAUGAUAGUCCCACUAAGCGCAAACCAGAUGGGAUGGCGUAUCGCUGCAGAAUGCUGUGGCAGCCAUGCUGGUUAAGUGUGCCUUGAAUUCUAAAUAAAUCACAGACAGUGUCACCACCAAAGCACCCUCACACCACCACCUCCAUGCUUCACGGUGGGAAUCACACAUGCGGAGAUCAUCCGUUCACCUACUCUGCAUCUCACAAAGACACAGCGGUUGGAACCAGAAAUCUCAAAUUUGGACUCAUCAGACCAAAGGACACAUUUCCACUGGUCUAAUGGCCAUUGCUCGUGUAUCUUGGCCCAAGCAAGUCUCUUCUUAUUGGUGUCCUUUAGUAGUGGUUUCUUUGUAGCAAUUCGACCAUGAAGGCCUGAUUCAUGCAGUCUCCUCUUAACAGUUGAUGUUGAGAUGUGUCUGUUACUUGAACUCUGUGAAGCAUUUAUUUGGGCUGCAAUCUGAGGUGCAGUUAAUUGCCGAUUUCUGAGGUUGGUAACUCUAAUUAACUUAUCCUCUGCAGCAGAGGUAACUCUGGGUCUUCCUUUCCAGUGGCGGUCCUCAUGAGAGCCAGUUUCAUCAUAGUGCUUGAUGGUUUUGCGACUGCACUUGAAGAAACGUUCAAAGUUCUUGAAAUGUUCCGGAUUGACUGACCUUCAUGUCUUAAAGUAAUGAUGGACUGUUGUUUCUCUUUGCUUAUUUGAGCUGUUCUUGCCAUAAUAUGGACUUGGUCUUUUACCAAAUAGUGCGAUCUUCUGUAUACCACCCCUACCUUGUCACAACACAACUGAUUGGCUCAAACACAUUAAGAAGGAUACAAAUUCAACAAAUUAACUUUUAAGAAGGCACACCUGUUAAUUGAAAUGCAUUCCAAGUGAUUACCUCAUGAAGAUGGUUGAGAGAAUGCCAAGAGUGUGCAACGCUGUCAUCAAGGCAAAGGGUGGCUAUUUGAAGAAUCUCAAAUAUAAAAUAUGUUUUGAUUUGUUUCACGCUUUUUUGGUUACUACAUGAUUCCAUAUGUGUUAUUUCAUAGUUGUGAUGUCUUCACUAUUAUUCUACAAUGUAAAAAAUAGUACAAAUGAAGAAGAACCCUUGAAUGAGUAGGUGUGUCCAAACUUUUGACUGGUACUGUAGGUGGAGAGGAGGGAGAGGGGGGAGAGGAGAGGGGGGAGAUGGAGAGAGAAGGAGAUAUAGAGCGAGGGAAGAGAGGAGAGAGGAAAAGAAAGGUGUGUGUGUAGAAUGAGGGGAUGAGGAAGAAGAAGAGAUCUGAGUGUUAUUUGAAGUGUGAAAUGCACUUUAGAUCAAGUUUGAUUUGUUGCCAGGAUGCUCAUACGCUUGCUGAAAGUUGUUGCCAGGACACCCUCUCCUCUCCUCUCCCCUCUCUCUCUCCUCUCCCCCUCUCUCUCCUCUCCCUCCCCUCCUCUCUCCCUCUCUCUCCUCUCCCUCCCCUCCUCUCCCUCCUCUCUCCCUCCUCUCCCCUCUCUCUCCUCUCUCCCCCCUCUCCCCUCUUUCUCCUCUCUCUCUCUCCCCUCUCUCCCCUCUGCAUGAGUCUCAAUUUGGUGUUUGUCCCAUUUUGUGAAUUCUUGGUUGGUGAGCGGACCCCAGACCUCACAACCAUAAAGGGCAAUGGGUUCUAUAACUACUGAUUCAAGUAUUUUUAGCCAGAUCCUAAUUGGUAUGUUGAAUUUUAUGUUCCUUUUGAUGGCAUAGAAGGCCCUUCUUGCCUUGUCUCUCAGAUCGUUCACAGCUUUGUGGAAGUUACCUGUGGAGCUGAUGUUUAGGCCAAGGUAUUUAUAGUUUUUUGUGUGCUCUAGGGCAACGGUGUCUAGAUGGAAUUUGUAUUCGUGGUCCUGGCAACUGGACCUUUUUUGGAACACCAUUAUUUUUGUCUUACUGAGAUUUACUGUCAGGGCCCAGGUCUGACAGAAUCUGUGCAGAAGAUCUAGGUGCUGCUGUAGGCCCUCCUUGGUUGGGGACAGAAGCACCAGAUCAUCAGCAAACAGUAGAAAGUUUGACUUCAGAUUCUAGUAGGGUGAGGCCGGGUGCUGCAGACUGUUCUAGUGCCCUCGCCAAUUCAUUGAUAUAUACAGUAUGUAGAAGAGGAUGGGGCUUAAACUGUGGAAAGAAAUGUGUAUGUUUUUCCCCCAACUCCACUUUCCAUCAAUUUGUAUAGCAGGCCCUCAUGCCAAAUUGAGUCAAAAGCUUUUUUGAAAUCAACAAAACAUGAGAAGACUUUGCCUUUGUUUUGGUUUGUUUGUCAAUUAGGGUGUGCAGGGUGAAUAUGUGGUCUGUCGUACGGUAAUUUGUUAAAUAGCUAAUUUGACAUUUGCUCAGUACGUUGUUUUCACUGAGGAAAUGAACUAGUCUGCUGUUAAUGAUAAUGCAGAGGAUUUUCCCAAGGUUGCUGUUGACGCAUAUCCCACGGUAGUUAUUGGGGUCAAAUUUGUCUCCACAUUUGUGGAUUGGGAUGAUCAGUCCUCUCCCCUCUCUCCUCUCCUCUCCCCUCUCUCCUCUCUCCUCUCCCUCUCCCCUCUCUCUCCCUCUCCCUCCUCUCUCCCCCCUCUCCCCUCUCUCUCUCCCCCCUCUCCCCUCUCUCCCCCGCUCCUGCCUCUCUCCUCUCUCUCGCUCCUCUCUCGCCCCUCUCUCCCCUCUCUCUCCUCUCCCCUCUCUCCUCUCCGCUCUCUCCUCUCUCUCCUCUCUUCUCUCUCUUAUCUCCCCUCUCUCUCUCCCCUCUCUCCCCCUGCUCCUCUCUCUCUCCUCUCCCCCUCUCUCCUCUCUCUCCUCUCC